AUGGCAGAUGACCCACUCACUCACCAAAUUUCCCCAACUUCACAUGCUACUACUUUGUUCGACCUUUAUCUCUGUGGCCCUUCACUCAGUUCGACGGGUUGCCCACCUGAGGGUGGUCACAGGAAUGAUCUCAUCAAAGAUCUACUCAAAUCAGAGCUCAACAGCCACAUCAUCUUUGAAGGCAACUUGAACAUCAAACACAGUGCUAGCCUUUUCCACCACCUCAUUCCCAAAUCGUUAUUGAAGACCAAGGAUAUCGCAAAAAUCAAGUACUAUGGCAAAAAUAAUGGACCACCAGUAUAUUUCCAUGGCGUGUGGAACUUCAAUCGAAAAAAAAAGCACAAAGAGAACAAUAAGAACAUCAACUCCAGGUCAGACGACUCAGAUGGCACUAGCGCAGAUGUCGCUGACACGGAUACCGAGGCCUUGGAUUCUCAAUGUUCUGGGAUAAUGUCUCAAGACACAGAUGGCACCUGGAGCUGUGAUGAAUAUGAUGGGACCGCAGAGCCAGGAUCGAAGAGGGCACGUAAGCCUUCAUCGACUGAGAAAGACUUACAGUGCCUCUUCAAAGCCAUUCAGUACGCCCUGCACCGUGAAUCGAAAAUCCGGACCAAACUUCCCUUCCAAAUAUCGAAAAUCGAACAAUACUGGUCUGCAGAGUUUGCCAACUCACCAAUACCAGACCCUUACAAUGCACAAAAGCCUGAUCUUGCUCUGUUUUAUUACAAGAGUAAAGUUUGCGAGAAAGCAUGGACAGACAUCCUGAGCUUUGUCGAGCAUACAUCCUCUGAUUUCAGCAAGAGGCGUGACCUAGGAGUGUACUGGGGGUCCACCACUAAAGCAUAUCUCAUCAUGUGA